AUGAAGGCCGACCCUGACACGUACAUCAACUUGAUUGCAUUGUCCGAGCGUUUGAGCUGCUUCGACAGCGGCUCGCCGCUGUUCCUUGGCGCCGUGCACGCCGCGGUGCCACCACGGCACUUGCAGGAGCAGUGGCCCGCAUUGUUCUUCGGGCAGGGCGGCUGCGGCUACAUAGGGCGGGGCCUGCGCCGUCGCUGA